GCGGGGCAGGCGGACAUGGCGGCGGAGGACGGGCGGAGCGGCUGAUUCUCUCAAGCAACCCUGCCCCUGCGACCGAACUCCGUUGUUUCACACUUGGCAGGAGGAGAUAUCGGGGAAGCUGGCGGCCUUGUACGGAGCGCUGCUCCGCCAGGAGGACAUGGAGAUUGCGGCGGAGGAAGAGGCGGAGGAGCGCAGGAGGGAGCACUGGAAGCUGCUGUCCUCCCUGAAGACCACAGUAGAGGGUCUCGUGUCCACUAACAACCCCAAUGUGUGGUCCCGCUAUGGCGGCCUGCAGCGGCUCCAGAAGGACAUGAACAACAUCCUCAGUCACGGCUUGAAGAAUGAGCAGGUUUACUACAAGCAGAGAGACUACUGGCCGUUUGUGUGGUGUGUCCGCAACAUCAGCCCUCACCUCGCCUCACACGUUGAACAGUUCAGUAAGCUGGAGCCGGUGCUGAGCAGCGGGAUGCAGAGCGCUGGUGAAAGCUACAAGGCCGAGCGCUGGUUGCUUCACAGCUUACAGGUUCACAUGCUGUCAGCUCAGCUCCGACCUCUGCUCAGGCAUCUGGGACAUGCACGUAAAUACUAUAAUGAUUAUGCGUUUCUGCUGAGCGAGCCUCACGUGACAGCCAUGUUUCAGUGUCUGGAAGCUGUGGAACAGAACAAUCCCAAACUGCUGGCCCAAGUAGACACAGUUGGGCUGUCCCCUCUGAAGGGCCCACAAUGUCUGGGUCUGUUGAAGAGCCAGAGCCUGUGUGUGUUGCCAGGGGCCGGUGGAGCCUGGAGAAACCGUGACGCAGUGCCCAGAGGAGAAACUCUAAACCGCAGACUUACCACCUCCAACUGCUCAUUGCGCGAAGCAGUCAUCACCAGCCACAUAUCUGGACCGUCUACGGGAGUCCGUCCCCAAAGCAUCAUCAGCACAAACACUACCUCUCCUGCCAGCAUCGUCGGACCUCCCUGGGUGUGUCUGUCCGGGCCAGGGAAGAGCGAGCGAGGCAUAACAUCCCCCCCCGGCUCCGUCUCGGUCCCUUGUAUCACCCUAACGGAGUCCGCGAGGCCCACCCAUCCCCAUCCUGAAGCUGGGGACUCUGGUGAUGGUGACUAUGACGACGGGCCAGAGUACCUGGCUAUCGGUAACCUGGGAAAACGCAGUCGCCGUGACUCCCAAAGCUCCACCCACAGUAGCGAGGAGGGUGUGACCCUGGGGCAUUCCAUGGAGCGAAGAUCCCAGGCCCCGCCCCCACCUCGGCGCUCGUCUUUCUCUGAGGUCCAGAGGGGGUCGGGCCGAGGGUCCCGAGGACACACCCGCUCGUUCUCAGACACAGGGAUCAAUCAGAAACUCAGGAAUGAAUCGCCCGGUGACGACUGCAUGAAGGACUACAGCCCCUUCUCUCCUCAGAGCAGUGAUUCCAGCAAUCCAAGUUCCCUCUACAUGGAGUCUUAUGGAUCCCAGUACAGCAGUGUGCCAGAUGGGAUGUUCAGGAAACCGUCAGAGGGCCAGAGCCUCAUCAGCUACCUGUCAGAGCAGGACUUUGGCAGCUGUGCUGACCUUGAAAAGGAAAAUGCCCAUUUCAGCAUUUCCGAGUCACUUAUUGCAGCAAUCGAGUUGAUGAAGUGCAACCUGCGGCGUCGGGAAGAGGAGGGCGAGGAGGAGGGAGACAGUGACUGUGAGAUUCAGCAGCUCAAGCAGAAGAUCCGCCUGCGCAGGCAACUGAUCCGCCACAGCCGCCUGCCGCCCUCCACAACCUCCCAACACAAUAUUCACUCCACUGACAGUGGAGGCUCCAGGAGGAGCUCUCAGGACUCCUACCAGGGCCUGUCGGACUCGGGCUCAGCUGAGGAGGUGGAGGAGUGCGAACUAAGAGAUGGCUGUGAGGGUCAGUCCCUGCUGGCGGUGUCUCAGAACGGCCUCUCCCUGUCACUCGCCUCCCUCUUCUCAGAUGCAGACAUAAAGCGUAGUGUGAGCAGCAGAUCUUUCCUCAGCUCCGAGUCCAUCUCUCCAUCCUUCCUUCAGUCUAACUCUGCUGAGUCAGUAGCCAUGGGUUUGCUCAGGCAGUUUGAGGGCAUGCAGCUUCCUGCUGCCUCGGAGCUGGACUGGCUGGUCCCAGAACACGACGCUCCACAGAAGCUGCUGCCCAUCCCUGACUCUCUCCCGAUCUCACCUGACGACGGUGAACACGCAGACAUCUACAAGCUGAGGAUUCGUGUGCGAGGCAACCUCGAGUGGGCACCGCCGCGACCGCAGAUCAUCUUCAACAUCCAUCCCGCCCCCAAGAAGAAGAUAGUUGUGGCUAAACAAAACUACCGCUGCGCUGGCUGUGGCACCCGCAUCGACCCAGACUAUAUUAAGCGACUGCGUUACUGUGAGUACCUCGGCCGUUACUUCUGUCAGUGCUGCCAUGAGAACGCCCAGGCGGUGGUUCCCGGACGAGUGCUGAGGAAGUGGGACUUCAGCAAGUACUACGUCAGCAACUUUGCCCGUGACCUUCUGAGCAAGAUUGCUGGAGACCCACUGUUCAACCCUAAUGACAUCAACAGCGGCCUCUACAAGAAGGUUAAAACUCUGGAGGCUGUACGAGUUUUGAGGGUGCAGCUGUUUCACAUGAAAAAUCUCUUCAAGACCUGUCGCUUUGCUAAAGGGGUGCUGGAACACUUCGACAGCCUGCCAGGUCACCUGACUGAGGACCUUCACCUCUUCUCCCUCAAUGACCUCAGUGCUGUGCGCAACGGAGAACUGGCCCCCCGGAUGAAAGAGCUGAUUAAGCUUGGUACCAUGCACGUAGAUGGUUGUGUGCUCUGCCAGGCGAAGGGUUUUGUGUGCGAGUUCUGCGGCAACGACAAAGACAUCAUCUUCCCCUUUCAGCUGAACAAGUGCCAGCGCUGCGAAGAGUGUCGUGCGUGUUACCAUCGAAACUGCUUCCGGGCGGGUAAAGAAUGCCCUCGAUGUCUGCGGCUGGCGGAGCGGAGAGAGAGGAUGGCACGGAAAAACAUGGAGGAACAAGAAGACGAGGGAGGAGGGACCUAGUGCCGGGAACAGAGGGAACUCAGAGGAGGUAGAAGAAGAAGAAGAAGAAGAGCACAACACGACCUUGAUUGUAGUCACUGACCACCUCUCUUUCCGUUCCAGUCCUCUCAGACCUGGGCGACGAUACUCGCUGCAAACAGCUGUUUUGAUCUCAGCAGGCUUUACCACAUCAAGUCAUCAGUUGUGUCACAUGAGCUGAAAAGGAACAUGACCACUGUUGAUUCUCAGAUAAAUUAUUUCUCCACGCCCUUUUCACACAAAGGCUACGGUCAUUUAAACAUAAAACUUAAGAGACUGUUAUGAAAGAUAAUAAUUCCUUCCAUGGCAUUUUUCUGAUUAAGCUUUGGUCAACCUGAGAGAAACAAUGCUUAGUUAGAAAGGCACACAGAGAGGCUUAAAGACUCUAUCUCGCCAUCUCAAAUCGAAAAUAAAUCUUGAUCCGCCCAUUUAUUCAAAUCUGCUACAAAAUUGUUGGGUUCUUCAUUGGGCCAUGUUCCACCUUUGCUCCUCAUUUCAUGACAAUCAGAUCUGGAUCAUUCCCUGGAUCUGCCCCAAAUUGCACAUGUUCCUAGAUAUUAGCAUUCUACAGAUUUCUGCAGCAUAAUUUCUUGAGCAAUUUCGCAGAACUGUUGAAGACCACCCUUAUCUGGCAAACCGACAAACGCCGUAUCUCACAAUGUACGAUCACAAUGCACAAUCUGCAUCAAAAUUGGUUGGGCUCCUCCCUGACCCAUACCGCAUCUAUCUUCCUUCCACUUUUCAUGGUAAUCCGUCCUGUGUUGUCUGUCGACCUUGUUUACAGACAACCAACAAACAGACAGGCUGAAAACACAUCUUUUCCCUUUUGGAGCUGCACUGCCCUCGUGUGUACAGUUCAGGAAAGUAGUUUGAAAAGUCAACUUCAAAUUCAUUUGAAUGUCCAAUGUGUGAAAAGGGCCUGAGAGUCCGACUCCUGUGGUAAAAUCAAUAUAUUUGUUCACAUUUAAAUAGAUCAGAAAACAAGUAUUUGUUCAGAGUAUUGUGCCCAGGUUUGAUAUUUAUCUUUCCUACAACUGCAGCUUCUGGCAACUGCUUUGACUCGGGUGAUUUUUACUGGCUACUGGCUUAGCUGAAGUUUGGUUCUGUGAAUUAAAAGGACAGAGUUUAUUUGAAAAGAGUAGGAAAUAGCAACUAAUUCAAAGUUUAGAUCUAUUUUAUGAUUUGACUGAUUUCCAGUACACUGUAUUGAAGCUAUCCUGCCCUUUAUACUGAAUUGUUUGUUUUUAUUUUUAAAAUGAAAUAAUCCUUAGUGUUUUGUUUUAAGCUGUUUUAGCCGCGAUUACGUGCCUCUCGGACCAAUGAACUCAAGUCUGGCAGAGCUGCUGGAUUGAUAGAGGCACUGCACUUCAGGUAGAGGUCUCAGAGUCAGUGUGGCAAUAUAUUUUUAAACUGCAAAUGCUCCGCUUUAGUGCUGCUUUGUGAGCCUGUGUGGUUCCUAGAAAGAGCUGUGUGAAUAUGAGAGCGUGUGUGUGAGAAUGUUUGAGAGAGAGAGAGAGAGAGUGUGUGUGUGAGAGAGUGUAUGUAUGUACACACACGUCUACCUGCUGUACAUGCAACCAUGAACAAAUGAUGUGCACCAGCCGAAUCAGCACUUGCCUGUUAUUUUCGAACAGCUUUGGAUUAAUAGAGUCCAGGGUUUUGCACUGACGUCCUGUCUGUUGUUGGGGAGUCAGGGAUCAAUCUCUGGUCGUGGUUCCCAACUUUCUUUGGCUGAACACCCCUUAAAGCAACAUGUGCUCUUUUGCUCCGACUUUAAUGAGAACAUUGACACCUCUCCCUUGUCUGUAUGUUAAAAUCUUUGAAAGGAUUUUCAGAAACCCAAAGAGGUGAAAUCCCCAGUAUCUAACAAGAAUUAAGACAAACGUUGGAUAAGUAAUAGAAAUGUGGUAGUAUUUAAUUUUGAUUUAGAUUUAAAUCAUCACUUAACCCUUCAGGUUACUCUGAGGACCCUUUUGGAUCCUGAUGCGUCGGUUGGGAACCACUGAUCCAGUCACGUGUUAUUGUCUGUUGCUCUUUAAAAGAGUUUCUGCUCUGAAACUCGUCCAGAGUUAAAAACAGAAAAUGGCUUGUGACUGAUUUUGCUUCCAGGGCUUCAUCUCUUCAUCGUCUCUGUAGUGAGUUCAAACAACCAGCAGCCUGAUGUCUUUUCACAGGAUGAUCUAACGGUUGUUGUUUUUUUGUGGGAAGAAUUAACAAUAUGUUUUUUUCAAGACAGAAAUGAAGUUAUGUUUUCAACCCACUGAUUAAAUCAAACAUUUUCGAUUUUUUGUUUUGUUGCCCUGGAUGUUUUGUCCCAAGUACAAUCUUGUAUGAAACCUUUAAACAGGCUACGUUCCAACACCCCAUCCUCUACAGGCUCUGCUCUAUGUGGACAGACUGUCUCUUACAAGACGCUGCUUAAAGCAGUAAGUGUGACGUUCAUGUCCCUCAGCUCACAGACACAGAGCAUCACAGAGAUGAAGUGCUCCCACGGCUCUCUGCGUUUCAACCAGGCGGCUCUUUCAAAGGAAACUCCGAGCUCUAUACCUAAUCACUCCUGAACGAAGCGACCAAAUGACUCCAAUGGAAGAAAAAAAAGCUCAGCAGAUUGUUUGACCUUGGAUUGCCUUUAACACGGAGGAAGAGUGUGGAGGUUUUAAGUGCACUACAGAUGAAAAUGUCUAUAAUUAUUAUUAAAAAUGUUAAUUAUUAUAAUGAUUAUUAUUUGUGUUCAUUUGCCUUUGUUCUAUGACGAUGUUGACAAUAAAAGACUGGCUAGACUGUU